GACGCCCACCCGCCUGCGUCGAGGCGUCGUCGUUUUUCACCCGCCCAGAACAUAUAUUCCUCCAGCGGCCGCUCUUCCCCAGCCUGCCUCCAGCCCGCAGCCCGCAGUCCGCAUCCACAACCGCCGCAAUGCUGGGAUUUAACGAGCACGAACUGGAGCCGCUCUGCCCAGACGAGUCCCCGAACGUCUUCAAGACCAUCCGCCAGCUAUCGGCCAAGAUACAGCCCGACUCCUGGACCGCUGUCAAGCUGAUCCGCAACUCUCCUGCCGCCAUGGUCUUUGCCAAGGAGGCCAGCCACUUGAGCGACCUGAGCCACAAAAACGUCGUCUCCAUCAUCGACGUCAUCGCCCAGGACGACCCCCAGAUCUGUGCCGUCCUCACCAACUUGUUUCCUCUCAAGAGUCUCUAUGAGUUUCUGCACAUCUCCGACUCCUUCUACGCCACCUCGCUCGACACCAGCAAGCGCAUCAGCCUCCUGGCCCAAACCGCAGAGGGUCUCCACUUCCUCCACAGCAGUGGUAUCACCCACUCCAACAUCAAGAGCAAGAACGUCCUCAUCGAUGUUGUCAACGGCACCAUCGUUCCCAAGCUUUCGGACUAUGCUCUGUCGGUAGUUCCGUCGGCGCAGAUGCAGUACUCUGCCUCGCACGCCCCCUACCUGGCCCCCGAGUCCUUUGGAACCCUCCCGAGGUUCACCACAAAGUCGGACAUUUACGGCUUUGCCAUGCUCUGCUGGGAGACCAUGGAGAGGGCCAUGCCCUUCAGCGGCCUCGAUCCUGCCGAGAUUCGCGAGCUCGUCCUCAAGGGCCAUCGCGAGUCGCUCUCCGACAACCCCCUUAAGGACUUGAUCAAGAUGUGCUGGCUCCAGUCCGAGGGGAGCCGCCCCGAGACCUGGUACAUCACCUAUACAUUCAAUGACAUUGGGCGAGAGAGCCGGUCCAGUCUCUCUCCUCCAGCCAACCCCAACAAGCCCAGUGUUCUGUCCGAUCCGUCCACGGACUCUGGCACGGAUUCCGGCUCCCGCCGCGUACCGACCAGCCAAACGCCCGAGAGCGAAUAUCUUUCCGUGCCGCCCGAGCACGAGGAUGCACUUCCCGACUACUAUGGCAUGGUCGAGGGCACCGAGCAGGCCAGGUUCGCGUACACUCGCAAGAAGAAGUGGAUCGAUAACCAGUACAUCCAGAUUGGCAACGCUAGCGGCAGCAGCUGCUAUUGCAUCGAGUACCCCGAUCCCAAACUGCCCUUUGAGUUUUCGACUGGCGAUGCUACCGGCCUUGGAAAGGGCUAUAAAACAUGGACCAUCAAGCUCCUCGGCGGCGAUCCCACCAGUCCCGUGCUUCUGAAAAUGAAAAAGAUUGGUGGUCUCGGCGAAUUCGAUUUCAACAUCUACGACGCCUUCCAGAGCAGCCGUCGCUCCAUUUUCUCUCGUCGCGGCCUGUUCUCGCUCAAGUACAAGUUCAGCAGCAUCGACGGCUCAGUCGAGUUUGGUUGGGCAGAAUCGACCAAGCAAAAGUGCACCUACACCCUACUGGCCUACCCCGACAAGAGGCCCAUCGGCCAGUACACCACCCAUAACCUCGACGAUAGCACCGUUGCUGGCGAGAUCUGGUUCGAGAACCGGUACAUCCAGGAGACCCCGAUGAUUAUCUCGACCGCUCUGCUUCUCGAGGAACGCUACAGGAUCAAGAACGUCAUCGAGUCCAUCUAUCCUCGCCAGAAGCUCUUUUUCUGAUCUUUGUCGCCCUUGGCCUCCAGCAACUCCCCCACCCCGGCGCUGUUGUGUCUUGCUGGCAUGCCGUCCCACCCUCUCUAAUUCCUUUCCUAGCAGUCUUCGAUGUCGAUAUCUCGACUGCGACAUAUAACUUCUUUACUCGGCCCUGACCAUCGACUAUUCCGACGGUUAUCGCCAGGGCUUUUGCCAUUUGUGUAUCCCAACGGCUACUGGGAGUAGCCCUUCUUUCUUGUACAGUCCUGGUCAGGGUCGGUCACUCUGGACGGCCAUGUUCGCUUCCAGAGCAACCAGUUUUGCUGCGACUUUGCGUCUUGUUCUAUGCUCGGCUAUCCCUUCCCUCCCGCGCACUCGGAUGGCACGCCUCAUCUUGUAAGUUUGAAUCUUCUAUGUCUGUAUCUGUCAAUACACGGCUCUUGUUGAAAGUA